GCUGUUUGUAUUACGCCUAGUCUAUCUGGAGUAUUCAUGUAACUAGACCUUAAGAAAUGACAUUGAUUCAUUAGGCAAUUUUCAUAAAUAACAUUCAAAUAUUUGGAAAAAUUUUAUAUCUUACAAAUGUACUCGACUUGUGCUCUAUUAGCAUUUAAAAAUAAUAAUCAAAUUAUUAGUUUUUUAUCGACUAUUUUUCACAUGUUAGUACACUAAAUAAACAUAUUCAAAUUACAAAAAUAAGAAUAAAUAUAUUAAAUUCGUAAAAAUAGUUUGCUGGUGAAUCAAAAUUUUGAAAUUAGAAAUAUUCGUCAAUAGAACAUGUAUUAAGAACGUAUUUUGAAUCAUUAUUACGGAGUUAAUAUUCAAGUAUGGCUCGAGUAGGACAAUCCGGUGACCAUGACAAAUACUUACCAUUACCUAAGGGCUUCGCUACUGCUGCCAUCCAUCAUUACCAAGAAGCUGAACAAUGGAAUUCAAUGGCGGUAGUAACCCCCAUUGUAACAUCUACGACGUUCAAACAAUACGGGCCUGCUAACUUCAAAAAAUACGAAUAUGGUAGAUCGGGUAAUCCUACUAGAGAAGUAUUAGAAAAUCUAUUGGCUAAAUUAGAUGGUGUUAAUUAUGGAUUAACUUUUUCUUCGGGUCUUGGAGCUUUGACUGUUCUAGCAGGACUUUUCGAGAGCGGAGACAAUUUCAUAAUCGGAGAUGACGUAUAUGGAGGCACUAAUCGUUUAUUUAAUAAAGUUUUCUCUAAAUUCAACAUAGAAAUAACCCUAGUGGAUUUGGUGGAUUUGAAAAAUCUCGAGAACGCAAUCAAACCAAACACGAAGUUGAUUUGGCUGGAAACUCCGACUAAUCCCACGUUGAAGGUGAUCGAUAUCAAAAAGGCUUCAGAAAUAGCUAAACGGAAUAAUAUUUUACUGGCAGUGGAUAAUACGUUCUUAACUCCAUAUUUACAAAGACCUAUAGAAUUAGGAGCUGAUUUGGCCGUUUAUUCUCUCACUAAAUAUAUGAAUGGGCAUUCUGACGUUAUUAUGGGUUCAAUGGUAACAAAUGAUAAAGAACUUUAUGAUAAAUUGAAAUAUUUACAAAACGCUAUGGGUGUAGUUCCAGCUCCUUUCGAUUGUUAUCAAGUUACAAGGAGUCUGAAAACGUUGGCGUUGAGGAUGCAACAACACAAAUUCAACGGAAUAACGGUAGCCGAAUAUCUAGAAGCCCAUCCUAUGGUAGAGAAAGUAUUACAUCCAGGCCUCGAGUCCCAUCCUCAGCACGAGCUGUUCAAAAGACAAACCAGCGGUCACAGCGGCAUUUUUUCCUUCUACUUGAAGGGGGAUCUAAAGAAAUCAGAAACUUUUCUAUCAGCUUUGCAAGUUUUCACGCUAGCAGAAAGUUUAGGAGGAUACGAAAGCUUGGCUGAGUUACCUUCUGUAAUGACGCACGCUUCAGUAGACGCAGAUCUCAGGGCUCGAUUGGGUAUCACGGAUAAUCUAAUCAGAUUAUCCGUAGGACUGGAAGACGUAGAAGAUUUAAUCGAUGAUUUGGAACAGGCCUUCCAAAAAGUCAAACAUUCCUUUUAAUACUAAAAUCCAAAAUAUAUAUUUUUCAAAAUACACUUUAUUUGUUCAAAUAAACAAUAUACAAGAAAAAAAAA